AUGGCUAAGUUUGAGUCAGUGCCGUUUGCUGUUGCAUCAAAUCUUAUUCACAGGCUAGCUUCCCCAGAUUUUCUUGAAUUUGGACAGCAGUAUGGUGUGAUGGAAGAGUUGGAAGCGCUUAAGAAGACAAUUGGAUCUAUCAAUGAUGUGCUCCUUGAUGCUGACCACAAACAAGAUCAAGUUCGCGUGCGUAAUUGGAUAUCUGACUUCAAAGAAGUAGUUCAUACCGCAGAUAACUUCUUAGAUCACCUUGCUAUCGAAUUUAUGAGAGACAAAAUGGAUGCAGCAGAAGGAAAAGAAGUAAACAAGGUACUUCGUAACAUUUCAUCUUCAAAUCAAUUUCCUUUAUACAGUGAAAUGCCUGACAAAUUUAAAGAAAUACGAGAAAGUUUUAAAGAUGUAGUAAAAGAAAUGAAGGAUUUGAAUUUAAGUCCAAGAUCUGGGGUGGUCAAGAAAACUAACACUGAAUGGAGGGAAACAUGUUCUUUUGUGUUAGAAUCUGAUAUCAUUGGAAGAGAUGAUAGUAGAAAGGAGAUUAUUAGUCUGUUGAGACAACCUCAUGAGAACCAAAAAGUUCCUGUAAUUGCCAUUGUUGGCCUUGGUGGCUUGGGGAAGACAACUCUUGCUCAAUUGGUGUAUAAUGACUUGGAAGUGCAGAAUUUGUUUGAAAUGAAAAUUUGGGUAUGUGUCUCUGAUUACUUUGACGUGAAAACUAUUCUUAAGAAAAUAUUAGAAUCAAUUACAGGUGACCAAAUUGAAGUAUCAUUGGGCACCUUGCAAAGAAAACUUCAUGAAAGAAUAGGAGGUAGGAAAUAUUUGUUGGUCCUGGAUGACAUUUGGAAUGAGAGACAUGACAAAUGGGCUGAAUUGAGAAAGUACCUGAUGUGUGGCGCUCAAGAUAGUAAGAUCUUAGUGACCACUCGAAGUGAAAAUGUAGCAAAGGCAAUGACUGCUAGCACUUCCUAUCCUUUGAAAGGUUUGACUGAUGAAGCAUCUUGGAAUUUGUUGAAGAGCAUUGCAUUUGAGGAUGAUUCCAAAGGAGUGAAUCAAAAUCUAGAAUCAAUAGGGAAAGAAAUAGCCAAAAAAUGUAAAGGGGUUCCACUGGCAGUUAAAACGCUGGGAGGCCUGUUGCGAGGACAAAACGAAGAAAGUGAAUGGGAGAAUGUUUUACUUGGUGACUUCUGGAAAUUAUGUGAAGAGCAAGAUAGUAUCAUGCCAAUUCUAGAACUCAGUUACCGCAACUUGUCGCCAGAAAUGAGACAAUGUUUUGCUUAUUGCUCUUUGUACCCCAAGGAUUCAAAAAUUCCAAAAGAUGAGUUGAUUCAGUUAUGGAUGGCACAGGGUUACCUUCAAUGUUCAACUGAAAAACAGCACAUGGAGGAUGUCGGUAAUCAAUUUGUAAAGAUGUUUUUGAUGAACUCAGUUUUUCAAGAUGCAGACACUGACAAAAACGGUGAGAUCGUUAGUUUCAAAAUGCACGAUUUAAUGCACGAUCUUGCAAUGCUAGUAGCUGGCAGUGAUUAUUGUUACUUGGAUAGUAAGGCAGAAAAAGUUGAAGGUAGACCCAUGCACGUGUCAUUGGAAUCCAAUGAGACCAUUCAUUUGUUGAAAUCGUUAGAUCCGAGCAGGCUGCGAACUUUGAUUUUGCCGUAUGACUUGGAAGAGAAUGAGGAGCCGGAUGACUUCAAAGAGGAGGAAUAUUUGUCGGUUAUUGCAGAGUUCAAAUAUUUACGUGUUUUGAGGAUGCAUCAGCUCUCUGAUUCCACGGAAAAUUGGAAGCAUUUAAGAUACCUCGCUUUAACGCAACAAAUAAGUCUUCCCAAAUCUAUGAGCAAUCUUGUUUUUCUGCAAACGUUGAAAUUGGAGAAGUACCAUGAAGAAUCAUUCUCAGAAGUAGUCACAAAAUUAGUCAAUUUGAGGUGCCUUGAUAUUGCUAAUUAUAAAUUCAUCAAUGGGAUGGCAGUUGGGUUGGGAAAAUUAUCCUCAUUGCAAUUCCUAUCGACCUUUGUUGUGGGAGACAGCCAAGAAAUAAAGUAUGCCACAUUAAAUGAACUGAAGAACUUAAACCUCAGAGGCAGAUUAAAAAUUAAGCAUCUCAAUCGUGUCAGAGAAGUGGCUCUGGAAUCACAGCACGUAAAUUUAAAAGAAAAAAAAUUCCUUCGUUACUUGAUUCUGGAUUGGUCGCGUGAAGACCUCCGUAACACUGACAACUUGCAAUUAUUGGAAAACCUUGAGCCCCACCGUAAUCUUAAGCAAUUGAAGGUCUAUUAUUAUCCAGGCGUGCUUUUCCCAAAUUGGCUUUCUCUCCUCACAAAUGUUGUUGACAUUCGUCUCUAUGAGCUUCGUAAAUGCUGCUAUCUCCCACCGUUGGAACAUCUCCCGUCCCUGAAGUCACUGGUGAUGAAGUAUCUUGAUGAAUUGGAAUACAUAUAUCUCUACGAAGAUGGUUUUACAGUAACCUUCUUCCCCUCUUUGGAGAUCCUCACAUUAUGGGGUUGUCCCAAGCUCAAGGGAUGGCGGAGGCGGGGAGAUGAUAUCAAUGAUUCACAUCAUCUCUCCUUACCUCUUUCAUUUCCUCAUCUUUCUCAACUACACAUCUCUGGCAGUCCACAUUUGACCUGCAUGCCUACUUUUCCAAACGUUGAGAAUUUGGAAUUGGAACAAUGCAGUGCAGAACCAUUAAUAGCAACACUAAACUCAACAUGUUCAGCUGACUCAUCUUCCUCCGCUGCUCCUCUUUCCAUGCUCAAAUACAUGUACAUUUCUGAUCCUAUGAAUUUACCAAAGGGUUGGAUGCAAAAUCUGACUUCUCUCGAGUCUCUUGGUGUUGGAGGUGGAAGUGAAACACUUGAGGAAUUUGAAACUGGAUUUGCAGCCUCUCAUCGAUUCAACACAUCAACAUCCGGCUUUGCCCAGAAUUGGCAUUGCUGCCCGAAGGAAUGA